GAAAAAGAAAAUGUGUGAAAAUACAACAUUCUUACAGGUGGGCGAUAUGAUAUCGCUUUAUGCCGAAGGAAAUGUUUGCGGUUUUCUUUCAACACUCGGUUUGGUUGAUGAUCGUUGCGUUAUACAACCAGAAUCGGGUAAUCCACAAUCGCCGCCAAAAAAAUUUCGUGAUUGUCUUUUCAAAAUAAGUCCAAUGAAUCGUUAUUCUGCGCAGAAACAAUUCUUGAAAGCAGCUAAACAAUCGGCAACUAGUGCUAGUGAUGCUGUUUUAUUGAAAAAAUUACAUCAUGCUGCCGAAUUGGAAAAGAAACAAAAUGAAACUGAAAAUCGUAAAUUAAUGGGCACCAUCAUACAAUAUGGUGCUGUCAUACAAUUAUUACAUCUAAAAUCGAAUAAAUUUCUUACCGUCAAUAAACGUUUACCAGCAUUGUUGGAAAAAAAUUCAAUGCGCGUAUAUCUUGAUUCUAAUGGCAAUGAAGGUUCAUGGUUUUAUAUUGUACCAUUCUAUAAAUUACGUUCAACCGGUGAUAAUGUUGUUGUUGGCGAUAAAGUUGUAUUGACACCGGUGAAUGCUGGCCAACCAUUGCAUGCAAGUAAUUAUGAUUUACCGGAUAAUCCUGGCUGUAAAGAAGUGAAUGCCAUUAAUUGUGAUACAUGUUGGAAAAUAUCAUUGUUUCUUGAUUGUAAAGAAAAUAUUGACGAUGUAUUGAAAGCAAGUGAUGUUGUACGAUUAUUUCAUGCUGAACAGGAAAAAUUUCUUACAAUGGAUGAUUAUAAAAAUCAACAAUACGUUUUUCUACGUUCAACUGGCCGUAUGACAGCAACGGCGGCAACAAGUUCAAAAGCAUUAUGGGAAGUUGAAGUUGUACAACAGGAUCCAUGUCGUGGUGGUGCUGGACAUUGGAAUUCAUUGUUUCGUUUUAAACAUUUGGCCACUGGUCAAUAUUUGGCCGCCGAAAUCGAUGAUGAUGAUACAUAUGAUUCAAUGCGUUCCAAAUUACAGGGCAAUGGGCCAGUUUAUCAACUAGUCUCUGUACCAGCUAAUUAUGAUAUAGCCAGUAUAUUUGAAUUAGAUGCAACAACAUUAACACGUACAGAUGAUUUGGUUCCACAAAAUUCGUAUGUACGUAUGCGUCAUGUUUGUACGAAUACAUGGAUACAUUCAACAACUAUACCGAUUGAUCGUGAUGAAGAACGACCAGUAAUGUCAAAAGUUGGUUGUGCACAAAUACGUGAAGAUAAAGAAGCGUUUGCCAUUGUACCGGUUUCACCAACAGAAGUUCGUGAUUUGGAUUUCGUAAAUGAUGCUUGUUUCGUCCUAACACAGAUUUCAAAGAAAAUGGAAGCCAAAACUAUAGCACAAAAUGAUAGAAAAUUAUUAAUACAAUUAUUACAAGAUAUCAUUUAUUUUAUUGCCAAUCUUGAAAAUGAACCAAAUCGUGCCGGACCAUUUGAAUUGACACCAACAUAUACGAAUAGAGAACGGCAAAAAUUAUUACGUGAACAAAAUAUUCUGAAACAAUUAUUCAAAAUUCUUCAAGCACCAUUUAUUGACAGUGCAGACACAACGGGUACAUUACUGAAAAUGGAUGAACUAAAUGAUUCACGUAAUGCAUCAUAUAAACAGAUUUUUCGCCUCUGUUAUCGUGUAUUACGUUUAUCGCAACAUGAUUAUCGUAAAAAUCAAGAAUAUAUCGCUAAAUGGUUUGGUUUUAUGCAAAAACAAAUCGGUUAUGAUGUUCUAGCCGAAGAUACGAUAACAGCAUUAUUGCAUUCAAAUCGUAAACUGUUGGAACAACAUAUUACUGCAAAUGAAAUUGAAACAUUCAUAUCGUUGGUGCGAAAAAAUCGUGAAUCUCGUUUAGACUAUCUAUCUGAUCUGUGUAUAUCGAAAAAAGUUGCCAUCCCCAUAACACAAGAAUUGAUUUGUAAAACGGUAUUAGCUGCAAAAAAUUCUGACAUACUAAUACAAACACGGCUGGUAAAAACAUCGGUUGAAGUAGAAUUAGAAAUGGAAAAUAAUUGUGGUGAAAUUGUGCCAAUAAUAACGACAGAAGAAGAAGAAGAAGUCAUACUGAUAUGGGAUAAUGGUAAACAAACCAGAUCGAUACGUGAAUUAUCAUAUAGCGCACGUGAUGGUAAUCAAGAUGAUCGUAAUCUAUUAGAAUAUUAUCGCCAUCAACUUGAUCUUUUUAGUAAUAUGUGUUUGGAUAGACAAUAUUUAGCCAUCGAUAAUCUGUCACCACAUUUAGAUGUGGAAUUAAUACAAAAAUGUAUGUCAGAUGAAGCAUUACCAUAUGAUUUACGUGCAUCAUUUUGUCGUCUAAUGUUACAUAUGCAUGUUGAUCGUGAUCCACAGGAACAAAUAACACCAGUAAAAUAUGCAAGAUUAUGGUCAGAGAUACCGAAAAAUCUUUCCAUACAAGAUUAUGACCGUAAUAAACGUGAAUCAGAUGUAGCGAUGAAAGAAACAGUGAAACGUAAAUUAAGUUCAACAAUGAGUUUUGUUGAAGAUUAUCUUUGCAAUGUUGUUAGUCAUGAAUGGUCAUUUAUGGAUCGUGAACAGAAUAAAUUAACAUAUGAAGUGGUGAAAUUGGCACGAAAAUUAAUCUAUUUUGGUUUCUAUAAUUUUAGUGAUUUAUUACGAUUAACCAAGACAUUAUUGAAUAUUUUGGAUUGUACAUCUGAUGGUGGUGGUGGUGGUGGUGGUGUUACAGGUGGCGCUGUUUCUGCUACUACAAAUACUAGUACAACUACUACUAGUGUCACUACUGCUACUAAUGGUACAAAUGAUGAUUUGAAUAUGAAAAUCACCAAUAAUAAUAAUAGAUUGAAAAUAGCCAAUGGAUCUUCUAAUAAUAAUCAUUCAAAUUCGAAUGAUUUACGUCCAAAAGAAUCCAAAAGUGGCUUCAUACGAAGAACAUUGAAAAAACGUAUUUCAUCAUUAAUACAACAAAAUCAAUAUGGUGAUGGUACAUUAACUAUCACCGAUGAACAAAUGAUUAAACAAUUGAAUUCAAUGUUAGAAAGUGAAGAUGAUGUAGUGAAUGUGGCGGAAAUUUUAGAAUCUAAUAAUAAUCAACAAUCAUCACCUGUUGAUUGUUCGAUAUCAUCGAGGAAAUCAUCAUUAAUUAGUAGUUUAUCUAAUGAUUCAGCUACAAUGAACAAUAAUAAUAAUGUUACGCAAUUAAAAUCGACAAAAACAGCAACAACAACAACAACAAGAACAACAGCGGCGGCGGGAAAUUUAUCAUCAUCGGCAACAACAAAUGUAACAACGGCAAAUAAUAAUCGAAAUAGAUUAUUAAUGAUGGAUACAUUAGUUAUGGAUACAAAAUUGAAAAUUAUUGAAAUUUUACAAUUCAUUUUAAAUGUUCGUAUGGAUUAUCGUAUUACAGGUUUAUUAUCCAUAUUUAAAAAUGAAAUCGAUAUGAGCCAUCAUAAGAUUACUACAGCAUUAUUGAAUAAUAAUGGUAGUGGUACAACGUCGACAACAACAGCGACAAUCAACAAUGGUGGUGGUGGUGGUGGUGGCAAUUGCACUAUUAAUCGUGAUAAUCAUCAUUGGGAAAAUAUUCAUCAGAAUCAAUCAUCGACAAAUGGAAAUAAAAUCGAUAAUGAUCAUAAUGGACAAUCAAAUAACGUAUCAAUUGGUGAUCGUGGAUUAGAUCUGGAUCGUAUCGCACAACAAGCUGAACAGAUAUUUGGUGAUGAAAUCGACCUGGACGGUAUGGGUGGUUGUACAUUUUUACGUGUUCUUGUCCAUCUUACAAUGCAUGAAUAUCAACCAUUGGUUAGCGAAGCAUUGCAUUUAUUGUUUCGUCAUUUUUCUCAACGACAAGAAGUAUUGCAAUCAUUUCGCCAAGUACAACUGUUGGUGUCAACGAAUGAUGUUGAAAAUUAUAAACAAAUCAAAUCUGAUCUGGAUCAAUUUCGAUUGAUUGUUGAAAAAUCUGAAUUAUGGGUAUAUAAAUCGACAAAAAAUCUGGAUGAACAUGACUUACGAUUGCCAAGCUAUUCAAUGAAUGAUGAUGAUUAUCAUCACCAUCAUCAUCAUCAUCAUCAAUCAUCAUCAUCAUCAUCACAACAACAACAAAAUCAUAAUAAAAAGCAAUCAACACCGUCAAUGUUAUCGAAUCAUCAUUUACAAGCACCACAACAACAAAUAUCGACAAUAUCAAUAUCAUUACCGGCAUCACCAUCAAUGUAUAAUAAGAAUCAUUAUAAUGAUUCUUUGUUAUUACAUCGUAAUGAAUCACAAUUUGUUUCAUCAUUAUCGGCAUUAUUGAAUCAACAACAAGAAAUUCAACAACAAAAUGAAUGUGGCCAGCAUUCAUUUAUAAAUUAUGAGACGAUAAAAAAAAUUCUACAACGUUUAACUAGGCUUUGUGUACAGGAAUCUAGCGGCCUAAGUCAAGAACGUAAAGCACGAAAACAUGAACAACGACUGUUGCGUAAUAUGAGUGCACAUAUUGUCGUGUUGGAAUUAUUACGUAUUCCAUAUGAUAAAAAAGAUAUUCGUAUGGACGAGGUGAUGAAAAUGGCGCAUGAAUUUCUACAACAUUUUUGCCUUUCAAAUCAUCAGAAUCAAUCGAUUCUUGAGAAACAUUUGGAUCUUUUUAUGACACCUGGGAUUCUUGAAGCAAAAACAAUGUGUGCAAUUUACAAGGAUAAUAUUGCCCUUUGUAAUGAAAUUAGUGAACGUGUUGUGCAACAUUUUGUACAUUGUAUCGAAACAAAUGGACGUCAUGUACAAUAUUUAAAAUUUCUACGAACAAUUGUCAAAGCCGAAGGACAAGUUGUGCGAAAAUGUCAAAAUUUUGUCAUGCAAGAAUUAAUAAAUGCCGGUGAUGAUGUAUUGGUAUUCUAUAAUGAUCGUUCUAGUUUUCAAUCAUUAGUUGAAAUGAUGCGUUCUGAACGCCAUCAAUUGGAUGAAGUUGGUCCAUUACAUUAUCAUAUAAAUUUGGUGAAAUUAUUGGCAAGCUGUACUGAAGGUAAAAAUGCAUUCACCGAAGUUAAAUGUCAUUCAUUAUUAUCAUUGGAUGAUAUAUUGGAUGUUGUACAGCACGAAGAUUGUAUACCACAAGUGAAAGAAGCAUAUAUUGAUUUUUUAGCACAUUGUUUUAUUGACACCGAAAUGGAAAUGAAAGAAAUUUAUACAUCAAAUCAUAUAUGGACAUUGUUGGAAAAUUUUCUCAUCGAUAUUGGCACCGUUUGUAAUUCAACACAUGAUCGUAAUCAUGCUGAUUAUGCGCUCAAUAAUUAUGUUACAAAUUCAAUUAUUAAUUUGAUUACAAUAUUUUUCAAUUCACCAUUCAGUGAUCAAAGUUCAAUUGUACAGACACAUCAGCCAGUUUUUGUCAAAACAUUGCAAAGUAUAUUUCGUUUAAGCACCUGUACAUGGCUUACAUUACCACAACGUAUAAAUGUUGAAAAUUGUCUACGUACAUUGGUGGAUAUAUCGAAAAAUCGUGGUAUAGCCAUACCGAAUGAAUUGGAAACACAGGUGUUGAAUAUGUUUCAGAAACAAAUGUCCAUAACGAAAAAUUCCCGUGUAUGGUUAUCGGCUGCACGUUCAGUCGGUAUGACCAGUAGUGGUGGUGGUAAUACACGUUAUAUGUUUGGUUAUGAUUUAGCAAAACUGUAUCCACAAUCAAUUACUGCUGCUACUUCGUCAUCAUCAUCAACAACAAAUCAUGCACGUAUAAAAAAUUCUACAUCAUCAUCAUCAACAGCAACAACAGCAGCAGCAACACGUACAAAUAAUGAUCGAUCAAUUAUUGAUGCAUUUCAAGAUAUUGUAACAUUAUUAGAAGAUCAAUUACGGCCAUUAGUUAUGGCUGAAUUAUCUGUACUGGUCGAUGUAUUCUAUAAACCGGAAACAUUAUUUCCAUACAAUUCGAAUGCCAAAAAAAUCUGUGAUAAUGGUGGUUUUAUUUGUAAACUAAUUAAACAUACGGAAAAAUUAGAAUUAAUGGAAGAAAAAGAUGAAAAACUUUGCAUAAAAGUAUUGCAAACAUUAAAAGAAAUGAUGCAUGUGGAUCCAAAUUUUGAUGAACGUGGUGAAGAAUUACGUAAAACAUUGUUGGAUCGUUAUCUUGUAAAACCACGACAACAACAAAAUGAAUUAUUAAUAAAUCAUUCUAUAAAUGUUGCAAAUAAUAAUCAACUACAACAACAACGACAACGAAAUCAAACCAAAUUGAUUCAAUCAAAUGGUGAUACGGUCUCAGCGUCAUCAUCAUCAGCAUCAUCAUCAUCAUCAACGACGAUGACAACAAUUUCAUCGACACCAAAAAAUCGUAAUCGUUGUAGAUUAAAAACGUUAAAACAUAAAUUUACAUUUGAUGAUAAUAAUAACAAUAAUAAUGAUGAAUCAAGCUGUAACAAUGCAAAAGAAAUUAGUACCAUUUACCAUGAUGAUAAUAAUGGAUGUGAAAUUGAUCGUAAUAAUAAUAAUCGUGGCUGUGAAAAUUCUGGAUCAACAGCAACAAAAACAACAACGACAUCAUCGUUAUUUUCAUCAUUAUUUGCAGCAAUGUUUCCAUGUGAAACAGAAGAAUCAAAUGGCUCAAAUUACGAUACAUUGAAUGAAAAAUCUGCACAUCUUUAUGAUACUGUGGAUAGUGUACAGAAUCGUUUAAUGGCAACGAAAAAUCCACGCCGUAAUAAAAUGAUGAAUCGUCCACAGACAAUAUUUGACCGUAAACAUUAUUCAUCAUCAAAUUCCAGUCAACCAGCAUAUGGAUCAUAUGGUCCUGGUUCAAUAAUGUUAACACGUGCUGAAAUGACAUUACAUGAAGUACAAUCACAUCUAGAUCGUGAAGGUGCCAGUAAUCUGGUUGUUGAAUUAAUCAUGUCAAAUCCAAGUUAUUCAAUAUUUGUUGAAUCCGUUGAGUUGGGCAUUGCAUUAUUGGAAGGUGGUAAUCCAGUCAUACAGAAAUCCAUUUAUCAGAAAUUAACACAACAAAAUAAUUCAGAAAAAUUUUUCAAAGUUUUCUAUGACAAAAUGAAAUUUGCACAACAAGAAAUUAAAUCCACUAUAAGUGUUAAUUCAAGUGAAUUUUAUAAAAAUUCCGGCCUAAACGAUGAUAAUAUUUCUACGCCAAUGUUGAUUGGUCAAAUUGAAGAAUGUGCUUCUGGUUUUGAUCAAAUCGUACCACCGGUUGCAUUCACACGUAAACGUUCAUCAGCAUCGGCAAAUAAUAAUAAAUUUUUUCAACAAAAUCCCACAAAUAAAGUGAUAAAAUUACCAUCCGAAAUUGCCGUGAUGAGACAAAUUUUACGUUUUCUACAAUUGUUAUGUGAAAAUCAUAAUCUUCAAUUGCAGAAUUUCCUCAGAAAUCAACAUCAAAAAUCAAAUUUCAAUUUAGUUUCAGAAACAUUAAUAUUUUUAGAUCGUAUUUGUGGUUCAACAACCGGUGGUCUUGGAUUGCUUGGACUAUAUAUAAAUGAAUCGAAUGUGGCACUUGUUAAUCAAACAUUGGAAACAUUAACCGAAUAUUGUCAAGGUCCUUGUCAUGAGAAUCAAAAUUGUAUUGCAAUGCAUGAAUCGAAUGGAAUCGAUAUCAUCAUUGCAUUGUUAUUGAAUGACAUAAAUCCAUUGGGCAAAAAACGUGUUGAUCUUGUAUUGGAAUUGAAAAAUAAUGCAUCCAAAUUGUUGCUUGCUAUCAUGGAAAGUCGUGCUGAUUCAGAAAAUGCUGAACGUAUACUAUAUAAUAUGAGUCCAAAACAAUUGUUGGAAGUUGCAUGUAAUGCAUUUCAUAAAAAGGUUGUACUGCCAUCAUUAUCAUAUCAAACAUCAUUAACAUUGCAAGAACAAUUGGAUCAAGAUUCACCAACAAUCAAUCCAGAUAUUGGUGAUUUACUUGGAUCAACAUCAAUAAUGGCUACGUCCACUACGAAUGGUAUUGAUUCACCAAGAAGACGUCCAAGUAUUGCAUCAAUGUCAAUGUUACCACCGUCAAUAAAUCCAAUAAAUCUAGUUGAUCCAAAAGAAGUUGGUCACAAUAUCUAUAUACUCUGUCAUCAGCUGGCACAACAUAACAAAGAAUUGGCUGAUAUUCUUAAAAAUUCAUUACGCGGUUCUGAUCAACUGUUGAUGAUGAAUCAUGAAAUGAGAGAUGCAUUGAAUUAUUAUCAAUCACAUACAGCACAGAUUGAGAUUGUACGUAUUGAUCGUACAAUGGAACAGAUUGUAUUUCCAGUGCCACAGAUUUGUGAAUUUUUGACGGAUGAAUCAAAAAUGAAAAUCUAUUAUACAUCUGAACGUGAUGAACAGGGUAGUAAAGUUUUUGAUUUUUUCGAACGUGCUGAAGAUUUAUUCAAUGAAAUGAAAUGGCAAAAACGUCUUCGAGAACAACCAUUUCUAUAUUGGGUAUCACGUAAUAUGACAUUAUGGAAUUCAUUUUCAUUCAAUUUGGCCGUUGUCAUAAAUCUAAUAGUUGCAUUAAUGUAUCCAUUUCCAACGAAAACUGAAAUCGAUCCACGAUUAUCGGCAAUAUUAUGGGCAAUAUUAUUGAUAUCAAUAGCAUCGGUAUUUUCAUUUCCAGGAAAAUAUUGUUUCUACAUGAUGAUCUCAUCGACAAUAUUACGAUUAAUAUAUUCGAUUGGCAUACAACCAACAUUAUGGCUAUUAGGAUUGAUUAAUGUAUUUAUAAAAGCAAUUCAUCUGAUUAGUAUAAUGGGAAACAAUGGAACAUUUAAUAAAAAAUGGGACAAAAUCUUGAUUGAUAAAGAAUUUGUCUAUCAUAUUGUCUAUCUUUGUUUUUGCAUCAUUGGUCUUAGUGGUCAUUCAUUAUUUUAUUCAGUUUUGUUAUUAAACGUUGUAUAUCAAGAGGAAACAUUACGUAAUGUAAUACGAUCCGUAACACGUAAUGGCCGAUCAAUCAUUUUGACUGCAUUAUUAGCAUUGAUACUUGUCUAUCUAUUCUCCAUUAUUGGUUAUCUAUUUUUUCGUGAUGAUUUUCUACUUGAAGUCGAUGUGGUCACAUCAUCAUCAUCAUCAUCAUUGCCAUCAUCAAUCAUGGAAUCGAGAAAUAAUUUGAAUAAAAUUCUUGAAACAACAAAUGAAAAACAUUUAUUCGUACGAGAAAAUCUAUCCGAUUCAAAUUAUAAUCAUCGAAUGAUGAUGAAAUUGAAUAAUAAUCAACAAUUCAAUGGUGUACUAUACAAUAUUUAUCGAAUGAAUAAUCAAUCAUUUCUGUUUAAUCACUAUCGACAACAACAACAACAAUGGAAAUGGGAAUAUUGUUCAAAUCAAAUUGAAUGCAAAAUUCAAGAUGAUUCAAUUAAUCUAAUGUUGAAUGAUAGCCUAGAAACGGCUUCCAAUAUUCCAAUGGAAAUGAUAAAUUCAAAUCAUCAUCAUGAGAUUGGCGAUGGUGGUGGUGGCGGUGGUGGUGAUGAUGAUGAUGAUGAUGAAACAAUCAAAGAACGUGCUUGUGAUUCACUGUUAAUGUGUAUCAUUACAACGGUCAAUCAUGGUCUCCGUAAUGGUGGUGGUAUUGGCGAUGUUUUACGUUCACCAAGCUCAAAUGAAUCAUUGUUUGUUGCACGUGUUGUCUAUGAUUUACUAUUCUUUUUUAUAGUCAUCAUUAUUAUUUUGAAUCUGAUUUUUGGUGUCAUUAUCGAUACGUUUGCUGAUCUUCGUUCGGAAAAACAACAAAAAGAAGAAAUUUUACGUAAUACUUGUUUUAUUUGCGGCCUAGAACGUUCAGCAUUCGAUAAUAAAAGCGUUUCGUUUGAAGAACAUAUCUAUUGUGAACAUAAUAUGUGGCAUUAUCUUUAUUUUAUUGUUCUUGUACGUGUAAAAGAUCCAACAGAAUUUACUGGCCCUGAAAGUUAUGUUGCAUUGAUGAUCAAAGAACGUAAUCUAGAUUGGUUUCCACGUAUGCGUGCAAUGUCAUUAGCAGCUGAUGAUGGUGAUAAUGAACAGAAUGAAUUGCGUACAUUACAAUCACAAUUAGAAUUGACACAUAAACAAAUGUCAUUACUUAGUCGUCAAUUGAAUGAAUUAAAAGAACAGAUGAUGGAACAACGUAAACAACAACAUCGUAAAGGUUUAUUUGGUACAAGUUUAACAAUGCCUUCGGUUACAACAACAACACCGAUUACAACAACAACUAUGUCGACAACAACAACAACGAUGAUAGGCCAUCAUCAUCAUCAUCAUCAUAGUCAUGGUCAUGGUUUUGGUCUUGGUGGUAGUGGUGAUAAUUCAUCAUCGAUUAUACCAAAUAUCAUUGCUGCUGCUGCUGCAGCUGCUGCUUCUGCUUCUGGCAAUAGCUCCAAUGGAACAACAACACCAUACAAUAUUAGUAUGGAUAAAUAAAUAGAAAAAAAAUUUUUUAAUUGA